AUGUAUACAGUACCGAGUAUAUGCCCUUUUUCCGGCUGUGGUAAAAACGUUGAUAUUGUCGAUGAAGGUUCAAGACGAGACUCUACAUCUUCUCAAACGAGUGGCACAUCGACUCUAGUUGGAGAAUUUAACCGGUCAAGCUAUGGAUAUGAAGAAACGAAACAUCAUGUCGAAGAAUCAUCAAAUACAACUUCUAUCCUACCACAUAAGCGUAUUGAUGAACCUAUCUCUGCUGACUCUUCUUCCAACAAAAAAUCAGCUAAAAAAGAAGACUCAUCGACAUUGAAAAAACCAAUCAAAGAAUUGAUAACUUCUCAAAAAACCUCAUCUAAAUGGAAAAUCGUGAAUUUUCUAAAAUUUCGUCGUGAAGAAGGAACCUGGACCGCUGAUAAAACAAAAGAACACAAUACAGCGAAUUUCCUUGAUAAUCUUGAGGAGUCUACAUAUGAUGUGUUAGAUGCCACAGGAACAAAUAUUAUUGAAGAUAUCAAAAACGAGACUCGCACAAAGCUAAAUGAUGAAUCAUCCAGUGAUGAAAGCUGGAAACUUGAGAAUGAGAACGAGAGUACCGAAGAGGAUGACGAGAGUAUAAAAAAUCAAAGAUCGAAGCAAAAGUUAUUUUGUUUUGUGGGGGCAGGCGAGAUAGAUAUGAAUAUAUCUAACAUUCAAAAGAUGUGGAUAUUGGAUGAGGUCAAUAUAUCGGACAUCUUUUUCCGAUUUCAUCAAUCAUCAGUCACAAAAGCAUCAAACGGGAGCAUUGAAACGGCGAGUGAGAUAUUGGCACUUAAUUACAAUCUUCUUGAUGCAAGACUGGUCAAGUUAUUGACAGCCAACUCUGGAAUAAUGCCAUCCAACAAGUCUAUAAAGAAUAUCGGGAUCAAUGGUGAAUCUUGUGAAGAUUCAUUCGUCCACAAAGUGUUCUCACCUGUCAUCCCGUUUGAGCAUUUGCUUAUUGUUGAAAUCAAACCUGCAGACCGCGCAUCAUCAAAUAAGGAUACAUUGAAUGAUCUUGUGAAGCUUGGCAAUGAGUUAAAAGACUGCAUCGACAAAAUGAUUGAUGACGGUAUUUAUGAAAAUGCUCCUGUCUGUGGAAUAUUAGUUAAAGGCAAGCGACAUCCUUCCUCUUACCAGACAUCACUUAAUCGUACACAAAUGACAAGGCCCUCAUUCCAUACGCCUAUAAAAGUUCCGCCUCAAAAUUGGGAAACUUUAAAUCAAAAUUUAAAAAAUCAAUGCAAGUCACCCUCUGCACGAGAAUAG